AUGAGGACUUCUCAGAGUAGGCAGAAGAGCUACGCUGAUCGGAGACGCCGAACUCUAGAGUUUGAAGCGGGCGACCAUGUGUUUCUUCGAGUCACGCCAACUACAGGAGUCGGCAGGGCCAUUAAAUCUAGAAAGCUUACGCCUAAGUUCAUUGGUCCGUAUCAGAUUACUCGACGAAUAGGACCGGUAGCAUAUCAGAUAGCACUAUCAGCAUUCCUUUCCAACAUUCACGAUGUGUUCCAUGUCUCACAACUAAGAAAAUACAUCCUAGAUCCGUCACAUGUCAUUGAACUUGACGACAUUCAGUUAAAAGAUAACUUGUCUUUUGAGGUACCACCGGUCAUAAUAGAGGACAGAAGGGUGAAGCAACUACAAGGCAAGCAGAUCAUGCUAGUGAAAGUUAUCUGGAAUCAGAACACGGGCGAUACUACAUGGGAAUUGGAGGAAAAGAUGAAGGAACAGUAUCCUGAACUGUUCACGGACCCAUAA